AACUAGAAUUGGAAAAAGCAUCUAAAAGUGAAAUUCACAAAUAUAUGAAACAACUUUCUGAUGUUGAAGAGGGUGACCCCGUUUUAAUCAUAAUCCCAAAUCCUCAAUGGGUCGAUCAACAUGGACAGAAUGCAUACAAUUUGGUUAUGGAUGCUUUUGCAACAGUUAACAUCCAUCGUGCAAAUCAGCGUAGGGAUAAAAAUUCAUCUUGUAUUUUUCACUUCCGAGAUAUGGAAGAACUUUACAGUGUACGUGAUGCUAUCGAAACUUUACACCCCAAUGCCUUUUGCAUUCCAUCUUCCUAUCGUACUUAUCUUCCUAGUGGUCAGCUUACACCAAUUGGAGCGGCAAGGUAUCUUUUCAAGAGAGGGGAAGAGGAUGUUAAACCUGAUUUUGUAGAGGAUAAACGAUUUUUUAAUAUUCAUUAG